AUGGAUGACCAAGCGGUCGUCACGGCGAGCCAGACAACAGUAACCGGGAAUGAUGAUGGGGCCAAGACGGAGAGCAACCCCGAGUACAUGGCAUUUGUGCUGGUGCCAGUUUUCUUCCUCCUGGGGCUGCUAGGGGUGGUCAUCUGUCACGUGCUGAAGCGGAAGGGUUACCGCUGCACCACUGCCGAUGCGCCGGAAGAGGACGAAGUGCAAGAGGCGUGCGAAGGAGAGGAAAAGGAUCCGGAACUGGGUGGAGAGUUAAACGACACCGUCAGUGACAACAAUGACACAGUUGGACAGAUCGUCCAUUACAUCAUGAAAAAUGAAGCCAACUCCGAUGCCCUAAAAGCCAUGGUUCAUGACAACAGCAUUGAUUCUGAUGGAGCGCCCAUCACCCCCUCAUCUCCCCUGACGCCCUCCCCACCCAUGACCCCGACAUCCCCAGGAGCGCCCCCGGGGGCCGCCAAGCACACCUGCAACCACCUGCACACCAUCGGCGGCGUGGGCGGUCACAAAAACAUCUGCACGCGUUGCAACCAGAAGAAAUGGCCGCUCGUGAGCAAGCCGGCGGCUCGCAGGGUGGAGCAGCGCCGCACCCACCACGGGGAGGUCACGGUGCUGUCCGUGGGCAGGUUCCGUGUAACAAAAUGUGAAAAACCUACCAGGGAACGACGGACGCUGCUAAUAGCAGAUCCCAACAGGAGUGUCCCAUCCGAUGACGCUGUGUCAAAUAGCCGGACGAUAUCCGAGUCCCAAGAGGAGGACAAAGACAACUGA